AUGGGGUUCAGUGGCCAGGCCUGGGGAGUCCCCGCAGAAGGAGUAGUCAACACAACAGCCCCUUCUAGAACCCGCUGCCCAGAACUUCUAGAACCCAGGCCUCGCCCAGCCUGGACCACCACCUGGUGUCUCUCCUCCGCCCUUUGUCUGAAGGCGGCUCCUUCCUGGACCGCAGCCCUGGAGGCUUUCUUCCCCCAGGCCCCCAAGGGCCGCAUUAGCGGCCUGCCCACGACCUCCGGCGGCAAGCGCUUCCAGCUCUGGGCCCUAGGACUCUUCUGCACCGAGCGCCACCUGGCCAAGCGCCUUAAGAACAACAGCUUCUACCCGUUCACACAACAGCAGCCCAAUGUCUUCGUGCUCGAGUACUACCUGGACACGCUGUGGAAGGGGGCGCUGCUCUUCGUCGUCUGCCUCUUCCUCGUCAGCUUCGGCCUUGGGAGCCAGGUGCUGAAGCAGGAGACGUGGGGCUUCCCCGCGUGCGGCGUGGGCGUUGGCCUGUGGCUCAUGAUUUCGUCUUUGCCGCGGCGCCGCCUGGUGCUGAACCACAUGCGUGGCACAUACCACUUCUCCAUCCAGGGCCGCACCGUGUGUCAGGGCCCUAUGCACUUGGUCUACGUGCGCCUGGCGCUCAGCUCUGACGCCUAUGGAAGGUGCUUCUUCCAGUUGGUUCUAUGCGGCCACAAGCUAGAGCCGCUGGUGCUGGUGCAGCUGUCGGAACGCUAUGAGACGGAAUACCUGGGCCGUCACAUUGCCCGGAAGCUCAACAUUAACUACUUUGACUACCUGGCCACGUCGUACCGGCACGUAGUCCGCCACUGGCCGCUGGGGGCCACCUUCAGCCCGGGCAUCGUGCAGCGCAAGACGGGCGCUUAUGACGAGCGGAUCUCCCAGUCGGACCUGGACGUGUGACGCUCCAGGCAGCACCCACCCCCGGCCGCCCCCGCCCCGGGACUGCAUUCUCCCUUCC